UCCCACAGCCCUUAGGGAAAUGUAGUUUGUUCUUUUUCCAGUUCGGGGAAGAUCUGGGGCCGUGGACUACCACUCCCGUGAGGUAGUGCGCAGUCCCACCCCAUAAGCGGCGUCUUCGAACGCGCCGCGGCAGCCAUGUUGAUCGUGGCUAGCACAGGGGCCGGCACCAGGGGAUUAUAGAAGCAGGUGUCAUGAUGUUGUCCGCGGUGUUGAGGAGAACCGCUCCGGCGCCGCGGCUCUUCCUAGGGUUACUCAAGUCUCCCUCGCUCCAAAGCCGGGGAAGUGCUUACGGCUGGAGCGUAACCAUCGGAGACCGUGGAGAGCCGCAGCGGCUGAGAGUUGCCGCCUGGGUGCGCCCUGGAGCAUCUUCUACCUUGUUCCCUGGACGGGGGGCAGCCACCGGGGGGCGCCGUGGAGAACGCACCGAGAUCUCAUGCCUGGCAGCCGCCUGGUGGGGACGCGGCCCUAGCCCCGAAGAAACAUUCCCCGGACAGGACAGCUGGAAUGGGGUCCCCAACAAGGCAGGACUGGGCAUGUGGGCCUUGGCCACGGCGCUGGUGGUUCAUUGCUACAACAAGAGUCCUUCUAACAAGGAUGCCGCUCUGAUGGAAGCUGCCCGUGCCAACAAUGUGCAGGAAGUCAGAAGGCUGUUGUCAGAAGGUGCAGAUGUCAACGCAAGGCACAAACUUGGCUGGACAGCACUGAUGGUGGCAGCCAUCAGCCGAAAUGACAGUGUGGUGCAGGUCCUGCUUGCUGCUGGAGCUGAUCCAAACCUUGGGGAUGACUUCAGCAGUGUCUACAAGACUGCUAAGGAGCAGGGAGUCCAUUCCUUGGAAGAUGGGGGACAAGACUGUGCAAGCUGGCGCAUCACAAACCAGUGGACAAGUGCCCUGGAGUUCAGGAGGUGGCUAGGAGUCCCUGCUGGCGUCCUAGUCACUAGAGAGGAUGACUUCAACAACCGACUAAACAACCGUGCUAGUUUCAAGGGCUGCACAGCCCUGCACUAUGCUGUCCUGGCUGACGACUACCGCAUUGUCAAAGAACUUCUGGAUGGAGGAGCCAACCCCCUUCAGAGGAAUGAGAUGGGACACACACCAUUGGAUUAUGCCCGGGAAGGGGAAGUUAUGAAGCUUCUGAAAACUUCUGAGACCAAGUACAUGGAGAAGCAGAGGAAGCGUGAGGCAGAAGAGCGGCGCCGCUUCCCACUAGAGCAGCGACUGAAGGAACACAUCAUUGGCCAGGAGAGUGCCAUUGCCACCGUGGGUGCUGCGAUCCGGAGGAAGGAGAAUGGCUGGUACGAUGAGGAGCACCCUCUGGUCUUCCUCUUCUUGGGAUCAUCUGGAAUAGGGAAAACUGAGCUGGCCAAGCAGACUGCCAAGUAUAUGCACAAAGAUGCCAAAAAGGGCUUCAUUCGACUGGAUAUGUCUGAGUUCCAGGAACGACAUGAGGUAGCCAAGUUUAUUGGGUCUCCACCAGGCUACAUCGGCCAUGAAGAAGGUGGCCAGCUGACCAAGAAACUAAAGCAGUGCCCCAAUGCAGUAGUCCUCUUUGAUGAAGUGGACAAGGCCCAUCCAGAUGUGCUCACCAUCAUGUUGCAGCUGUUCGAUGAGGGCCGCCUGACAGAUGGCAAGGGGAAGACCAUUGACUGCAAAGAUGCUAUCUUCAUCAUGACUUCCAAUGUAGCCAGUGAUGAGAUCGCCCAGCAUGCACUGCAGCUGAGGCAGGAAGCUUUGGAGAUGAGCCGAAAUCGAAUUGCUGAAAACCUUGGGGAUGUCCAGAUUAGUGACAAGAUCACCAUCUCAAAGAACUUUAAGGAGAAUGUGAUCCGCCCCAUCCUGAAAGCUCACUUCCGAAGAGAUGAGUUUCUGGGACGGAUCAAUGAGAUCGUCUACUUCCUCCCUUUUUGCCAUUCAGAGCUCAUUCAGCUGGUCAACAAGGAAUUGAACUUCUGGGCCAAGAGAGCCAAGCAGAGGCACAACAUCACACUACUGUGGGACCGCGAGGUGGCAGAUGUGUUGGUUGAUGGCUACAAUGUCCACUAUGGUGCCCGCUCCAUCAAGCAUGAGGUAGAGCGCCGUGUGGUAAACCAGCUGGCAGCAGCCUAUGAGCAGGACCUCCUACCAGGGGGUUGUACCCUGCGCAUCACUGUGGAGGACUCAGACAAGCACCUUCUCAAGAGCCCAGAGUUGCCCUCACCUGAGGUUGAGAAGCGUCCACCCACACUGCGUCUGGAGAUCAUUGAUAAGGACAGCAAGACUCGCAAACUGGACAUCCGGGCACCACUGCACCCCGAGAAGGUGUGCUACACCAUCUAGAAGCCACCUGCCUGUAUGUACCCUGAACAUCUAAUAAAGGCCCCUUGCUGUGGCAUGGCAACUGA